GGUUAAAGUGCGCAUGCGAGUUUCUGCCUGUCUGCUACAUUGCUAACAAGGAAAAACUCAGGAAGAGAUGAUGGCAGACUCGGGACCCGAGGAAAUAGCGGUGAUCGGGAACACCGACCUCACAUCGGCAGAACUAGAGAACAACAUUAAAAACACGAUGGUCGAGAUUGAGAAAUGGACUAGUCUUCUAAGAAAGAUGGAGAUCAGCGUUGGAGAGGCAGAGAAAAGGACCGGGAAGAAUACAGUCAACAUGCAGGAGAUAUACACUGUUUACCUAAUUGAGACACGGCCGGUUGAUGCUGUGACAGAAGGUAUAAUCCCAGCCCCAGACUCCUUAUGGAGGAGAUACAGCGAGUUUGAGCUACUAAGAAACUACUUGUUGGUCACUUAUCCCUUUGUCGUUGUUGCCCCGUUACCCGAGAAGAGGGCAGAGAUUGUGUGGCACAAGCUGUCAGCGGACAACAUGGACCCAGACUUUGUGGAGAGAAGGAGGGUUGGACUGGAGAACUUCCUGCUCCGAUUAGCCUCCCACCCAGUUCUCUGCAACGACAAGAUCUUCUACAUCUUCCUCACUGAGGAAAAAGGAUGGAAGGAAAUGGUGUACGAGACAGGAUUUCAAGCAAAGGCUGAUUCCAGGUUGAAAGCUAUGAAUGCAGCAUUCAGGGUGAAGAAUCCAGACAAACGGUUUACAGAGCUGAAACACUACAGCGACGAGCUACAGACUGUAGUCUCCCAGCUGCUGAGAGUACGGGCAAGGGUAGCAGAUCGACUGUAUGGGGUGUACAAAGUGCAUGGAAACUAUGGACGAGUCUUCAGUGAGUGGAGUGCCAUAGAGAAAGAGAUGGGAGAUGGACUACAAAGUGCUGGUCAUCACAUGGAUGCGUAUGCUGCUUCUGUAGAUGAUAUUCUGGAGGAAGAGGAGCACUAUGCUGAUCAGCUGAAGGAGUACCUAUUCUAUACUGAGGCACUAAGGGCAGUGUGCAGGAAGCAUGAGUUGACACAGUUUGAGCUGGAGAUGGCUGCACAGGACUUAGCCUCUAAAAAACAGCAGAAGGAGGAGCUGGUCACAGGGACUGUGCGGACGUUCUCACUGAAGGGGAUGACCAGUAAGCUGUUUGGCCAGGAGACUGCAGAGCAGAGGGAGGUUAAGUUACAAGUGUUAGAACAGCAGAUAGAGGAGGGAGAGGAGGCUGUGAAAGAGAAGAACGCCGAGAGCGAUGAGUUUGUGAAGACUGCCUGGAUAGACAUUGAGCACUUUAAAGACCAAAAGGACCGGGACCUGAAGGAGGCCCUGAUUAGCUAUGCAAUCAUGCAGAUCAGCAGGUGUAAAAAGGGAAUACAAGUGUGGACCAACGCAAAGGAGUGUUUCAACAAGAUGUGAUCUUCAGGGCCGAAACAGGCCCUCCAAACAAACAGCAAAACAGAACAUGCUUCUUUUCAAGGGACUCCUGGGGUUGCAUCCCAAAUUGCACUCUAUUCCCUAAAUAGUGUGCUACUUUUGACCAGAGCCCUGUGGGGUCUGUUCACUAUAUAGGGAACAGGAUGCUUUUUGGGACAGAUUCCUGGACACAGUCCCUAUGAUCCUUAUGGCAACAUUGAUCAUGUAUGCUCAAGAACAAAUAAAUAAUACAUAUUUUUCUAUAUCUGUAUCAUGUCCGAUUGCUAGUUGCCUUGAUUUGAUCGACUUGCAAUUGCAGUUAUUUCUCAGUGACUGACAUGUUUUUUCAUACAAAUGUAUUUUCGCUGAAAUGCUGAUUUAAGGUUAUUCACCAAGCACUUAUAUUAAUUUGUUUAUAGAGAUGCCAAGAAAUGUGGACUGAAUCCAAUUUUCUAUUCUGCCUUUUACACAAUGUUCAAAAUCACGUCAUAAGAUUAGUCUUACAUAUUUUCUAUGAAUUCCCUGGUUUUCCCAAAAAUCCAGGCUGGAGGAUUCCAAGAAUCAGGAGGGAACAAGCAGGAAAUACGGAAUUCUCAAAUCAGUAUUAAUGGAAAACCAGAGAAUUUAUUGACAGUUCCAAGAAUUUUGCAACCCUACAUAAGAUUACAACUGUUUAGAUUUUUUUUUUGUUAUUGAACCUUUAACCAUGCAUGUCAAUUAACAACAAAUUAUUAUUUACAAUGGAGGCAGGAGGCAAUUAGACUAGUCCUAUAAGAAUGUGCUUGCCGUUUAUUUUACAUGCAUAAUUAAAUUGUGUUUUUGUCAAUUUUA